UGUAACUAUAAAAGAGGAGACCUUGGAUUUGUAGGUAAACAGACAAAUUGGUCAAAAUAUUUGAAUUCUUCAUGAGUACCAUGGCUUUGGUCUUCAGAAAACAAAGUCUGCAUAGAAAUUUAUUGCCAUGGCUUAUACAGAAAUCAAAGCAAACUACUGCUGUGCAGGCUCAACCAAAGAAGGUAGAAGUCUUUAUUGAUGACAAGCCUGUGCUUGUUGAUCCAGGCACAACAGUUUUACAGGCAGCUGCAAUGGUUGGAGUGGAAAUUCCAAGAUUUUGCUAUCAUGAAAGACUCUCUAUUGCUGGAAAUUGUAGAAUGUGCUUAGUUGAAGUAGAAAAAUCACCUAAGCCUGUUGCUGCUUGUGCAAUGCCUGUGAUGAAUGGUUGGAGAAUAAAAACAAAUUCAGACAUGACAAAGAAAGCAAGGGAAGGAGUGAUGGAAUUUUUGCUAAUUAACCACCCCUUAGAUUGCCCUAUUUGUGACCAAGGAGGGGAAUGUGAUUUACAGGAUGAAUCUAUGGCAUUUGGUUCUGAUCGCAGCAGAUUUCAAGACAUAUAUUACACAGGGAAAAGAGCUGUGGAAGAUAAAAACAUAGGACCUCUUGUGAAGACUAUAAUGACCAGAUGCAUUCAUUGCACACGUUGUAUUAGAUUUGCCAGUGAAGUGGCAGGUGUGGAUGAUCUUGGAACUACUGGAAGAGGAAGUGACAUGCAAGUCGGAACAUACGUUGAGAAAGUUUUGGCAUCUGAACUCUCUGGAAAUAUAAUUGAUUUAUGUCCUGUAGGAGCAUUGACAUCCAAGCCAUAUGCAUUUACUGCCAGGCCUUGGGAAACAAGAAAAACGGAAUCCAUCGAUGUUUUAGAUGCUUUGGGGUCCAACAUAAUAGUGAGCACUCGAACAGGAGAAGUCUUGCGAAUACUCCCUCGUUUAAAUGAAGAAGUUAAUGAAGAAUGGAUAUCUGACAAAACUAGGUUUGCAUAUGAUGGCUUGAAGGCUCAAAGAUUGGUAACUCCAAUGUGCAAAUCAGAGUCUGGUUCUCUGACUCCUUGUGACUGGGAAGAAGCAUUAGUGAAAGCAGCAAAACAGAUUCGUUCUGUUCCACCAGAUCAGAUUGCAGCUCUUGUUGGUGGAUUAGUUGAUGCUGAGGCUCUUGUUGCUUUAAAGGAUUUCUUAAAUCGUAUAGGGUGUGAAAGUUUGUACACAGAAGAGAAAUUUCCAACACAAGGUUCAGGGAGUGAUAUUAGAAGUAGCUAUCUACUGAACAGUAAAAUUACUGGUGUUGAAGAAUCUGACUUGGUUGUCCUCAUUGGUACUAAUCCAAGAUUUGAAGCACCUGUGUUCAAUGCACGUAUCCGAAAAGCUUGGAUUCAUAAUAAUUUGAAUGUAGCAGUUGUUGGACCAAAAUUAGAUUUGACCUAUGACUAUGAUCAUGUUGGAGAUUCACCAAAUGUGUUACAAGACAUUGCUUCUGGACGGCAUAAUUUCUCAAAGAAAUUGGCUGCUGCUCAGCAGCCAAUGAUCAUAUUAGGAAGUGAAAUACUGCAAAGACCUGAUGGUGAUGCUAUUUAUGCACUUGUUCAGAAAAUUGCUCUCCAAUGUCAAAAAUCUGAACAUGUGAAGACUUUGAAUAUCUUACACAGAGUUGCCAGUCAAGUGGCUGCUCUAGACAUUGGCUAUAAAACUUGCCCAGACAAAUUAGAAAAAAGUUCCCCAAAGCUCUUAUAUUUACUUGGCGCAGAUGAAGGACUUAUUUCCAGGGACAACCUACCAAAGGACUGUUUUGUCAUUUAUCAAGGUCAUCAUGGUGAUAAAGGUGCUGAAAUGGCAGAUAUUGUUUUACCCGGUGCUGCAUACACAGAAAAACAAGCAACCUAUGUAAAUACUGAAGGAAGAGCGCAGCAAACUCUUCAAGCCAUAACACCUCCAGGUUUAGCAAAAGAAGACUGGAAAAUUAUCAGAGCACUCUCAGAGGUUGCUGGACAUAAACUGUCUUAUGACAAAUUGUUUGAAAUCAGGCAAAGGAUGGAUGAAAUCGCCCCUCAUUUGACGCGAUAUGGGAAAGUAGAGGAGUGUAAUUUCUUAAAAGAAAGUUCUGCAUUGCAUUCAGAUCAGUCUGCCAAUUUAAACUCCAAUCCCAUUGAUACCAGUAGGAAAUUUUUGAAGGAUUUCUACAUGACUGAUUCUAUUAGCAGAGCAUCAUCUACUAUGUCAAAAUGUGUUCAAGCAGCUGAAAAAUUGGUUACAUCAUAAAAUCUUAUUUUUCGGUUAAAAAAAGACUUUUAAGAAGUUCUAUUCUAGCAAAUGAUGUGCUUCUGCCUCUCCCAUGUUGUAUUAUAAUGAAAUUCAGAAUUUUUAGAAUAAAUAUUUAAAUUAUUGGUUUA